AUGCGCGACGACGAGGACGACGACGACGUCGAGCGCUCGUUCAAUGCGUGGACGAAGACGCGGGAUAUUAUCGUGCACGCGUCUUUGCGACUGGACGGCGACGAUAGGCGCGGAAGGCGCGUCGUCGCGACGAAUGAUGUUCCGUGCGGGACGCUGUUGUGUUCGAUACCGAAAGCGUCGUGUUUGAUGACGUCGACGAGCGCGUUGGCGACGCUGUGCGCGAGCGAGCGUGCGAAAGAGGCGUUAUGGAUGUUGGAGGAGGCGGCGCUCGUGGCGUGCGUGGCGUACGAGCGGAAGAUUGGGUCGAAGAGCGCGUUCGCGAGGUAUCUGGGCAUCGUGCCGAGGCGAGAGGCGUUGCCCGGAUGUCGGGAGUCGGAGGGUGAGGAUGACGAGGUUAGUAGGGCUUUGAGAGGAACAAGCGUGCGGUUGACGCUUGAAGACGAUCGUGAGGCGAUGGAGGAGGACCACGCUCGCGUGGUGGAGUUUUACGAGGAGCACGUUAAGGUACCGCCGCCGACGCUUAACGAGUUCAUCGAGGCGGCGAGUCUCGUCGCGAGUCGCGCAUUCUUCGUCGAUGAAAAAGAGGGACAAGGAAUGGUACCGUUCGCGGACAUGUUCAAUCACAGAGGAAACGGAGGUGCGCACUUUGACGUCGAGGGAUGCGAUGCGGAAGAAGGUGACCAGGAUGCGUACCCGGACGCGUUGCGCCUGGUGUCGUGCAGAGACAUCGCGCGCGGAGAGGAAGUUUUCAAUUCAUUUGGAGACGAUCAUGAUAACGCCAUGCUGUACACGAAGUACGGAUUCGUUGAAACGGAUGGGCGCAUCGAGCAAUGUCGCCUCUCCUCGAAUUUUUUAUUGGGCACCGAUCGGUGGGAGAAUAUCCCCAAAGGUGCGCUCGGCACUUUCUACGCUCUCGCGGAGUGGUUUCUGGAGGAAUACGAUGGCAUAGAAUUCGCGUUAGAGUACGCGUGUGAAGAUUCCUCGGAGGACGUGACUAUGACAGCGGGACUUUUAGCGCUUUGUUACGUCGCCACGAUGUGUCAGGACAAGCCGGAUGAGUGGUGGGAGUCUGAAUUCAGCAAGGAAGUAGACAAGAUGCUGCCGCGUGACAUUUUCCAUCGCGCGCCACAAGUCGACGACAUGAAGCGAAUAGACGAAGAUAUUCUCCGCGAAUUGAUCGCCCAUAGGUUUUUAGAAUUCCUUACGCGCGAGGAGUACGAGCGCUACGAUGGUAAACAGUCUUUCUGGUCGGAAGGCACUUUGGAUAUCCAGCGGCUCGUGCAAGUCAUGGCUCAGGAGAUGAAACAAUGCGAAGAGCGCCUCGCUGAGCUGGACGAUGAGAAAGAGAAAGCCGAGCCGGGUUUAGGACUCGCGGGUACGUCAGCCGCGAUAUUAAUUAGAUACCAGGAGCUUCAAAUGCUCCUGACUUUACUUCUUCGGUCGCUGAGCGGUUUUGAAGAGGAAGGUGGGAAAAGUGCUGACGAGAAGCCGAAGAAGAAGAAAGCGAAACUCAUCGACACUGCGGGGCCUCGAUACGGUCCGACGGUGUACAUCUCAAAGUAA